GCCAGUGGCCUCAAAGAUGCUGGGGCUGAGAAAGCUGCCAGUUCCGAUGCCAAGAUGCUUGAGCGAUUCCAAGCCUGUGACGUGGCCAGCGGGACGUUCAAGUAUGUGCAGGUGCACGCGAUAGCUUCGGAUGGAACACGCAAGGUCAUUGUCCGGUCAGCUCCGGGCGCGUACCAUGCCGACGUGGCUGAGUUGCUGUGCCAGGCCUUGCAGGACAAGGAUCUGCAAUAUGAGAUCCCUGGUGGCGGCCGCAUUCGGCGCGACGAUGACGCCAAGGAGAUCGAAAUCUACGGGCACAGCAAGGCCACGCAAGUGUUUGGAUUCAGAUGUGAGCAAGCAGUUGGGACCAUCAUGAUCUUGGUUUAA